AUGGCUACCUUCAACAAACUGAUUAUUGGCACUGCUGUUACCAGUUUUACCAUAUUUCAGCUUCUGUUCCAUGUUCUAAGUUCUUGGGCAUCAACAAGAAUAACUCCUGCUUUUAAUAAUCUCAACCAAAAAAGGAAGAUUGAAUGGAAUUCAAGGACAGUAUCCACCUUCCAUGCCUUGGUGGUUGGUGCUUUUUGUGUAUAUAUCUUGUUGUAUGAUGAAGCUGUUAAUGCUGACCAUGUCUGGGGUGACCCUUCAAUUGUGAAACUGAAUAUUGCUAUUACCACAGGCUACCUCAUUUCUGAUUUGUUUCUUAUUACUUACUACUGGAAGGCAAUUGGUGAUAAAUUUUUUGUAAUUCAUCACUUGGCAGCUCUGUAUGCCUACUACUUUGUACUGGGUGAAGGAAUGUUGGCAUAUUUUGGUAACUUUCGUCUGCUUGCAGAGUUCUCUACUCCUUUUGUGAAUCAGCGGUGGUUCUUUGAAGUGCUGGGGUACCCCAAAUCUUCAAAAGCCAACAUCAUCAAUGGGGUGCUGAUGACGAUUGUGUUCUUCAUGGUGAGGAUUGUAGUCAUGCCUGUUUAUUAUGCCGACGUCAUUUCUGUGUUUGGAACAGAGGCUUUCCACAGAGUAGGAGUUGCAGCCCAAAGCGCCUGGAUUAUCUCUAGUGUUGUCUUGGAUGUGAUGAACUUGAUGUGGAUGGUCAAAAUUACAAAGGGAUGCUACAAAGUUAUUUGUCUCAUUGGACAAAAGGAAGUCAAAAUACGUAAGAAUGGAAAAUCUGACUAG